GCGGAAAAAACGCACGCGGAAAAAUUCCCUCGCAUAAAAACGCAGUCGUCGUUCGGACCCCACCGAGUGCAGAACAUUUUUUUCCCCUUUGACACGCAGACAAAAUUCGAGAAAAAGAUUAUUCCUCGCCCUUUUCCUGAACAUUACAAAAAUCGAUAAUCAUGGUUAAACGUGAUCCUGAACAAGAAAAAGAAGUCCUGGAGUGGAUCAGUGCUGUUUUGGGCGAGAAAUUGCCAAACCAACCUUAUGACGACUUGCUGAAAAAUGGGAUUCUUUUGUGUCAUCUCAUCAACAAAAUUGUCCCAGGAUCAGUCAAGAAGAUCAAUGAAAAAGGGGGACAAUUUCAGAUGAUGGAAAAUGUUCAAAGAUUUCAGCAAGCAAUAAAAAAGUAUGGACUUCCAGAAGAAGAGAUUUUCCAAACUGUGGAUCUUACAGAGAAGCGAAACAUUGCCCAAGUGACCUUGUGCCUUUAUGCCCUCGGCCGCCUGACCCAAAAACAUCCGGAAUACAAUGGACCGACUCUGGGUCCGAAAAUGGCAGAAGAAAAUGCCAGAAAUUUCUCUGAAGAAGAAAUCAAGCGUCUUCGGGACACGCAAAUCGGAUUGCAAGCUGGUUUCGCAGGUGGAGCUUCUCAAUCUGGACACGGAGGAUUCGGAAAUACCAGACACAUGUAGAAAAAAAAGACCAAAAUUUACAUAUAACGAGUCGACACAAAAAAAGAAUGUUACAUACUACGAAUUGUAUUCGGGAAAAUAACAUAAGGAAAAGCUUGACUUUAUGCCGCUUUCGUCUCCUAAACUUUCUUUAGAGCUGACAUCUGACAAAACAGACAAAACGCAUUAUUGAUUAUAUGUGAUGACGGUGUGUUGUUUUUUUUUCGUGUCGUGUUUUCCGCGAAAAAAAAGGGAAAGUAAGCUUUAGGAGACGAUUUUAAUUCAGUGUUUUUGUCGAGUUUUCGCUUAUUCUCAUAUUGUUGGGUGAAAAAAAGGUGGAAGAGAACCGAAAAAGAUCGUGAUGUAAUACGACGAGCAGAAGAAUAUUCGCAAAAAAAA